CCGAAUCCGUACAGAGACUCUACCGCAAUGGCUCCCAAGACCAGUGGCAAAGCUGUGAAGAAAUCUGGCAAGGCCCAGAAGAACAUCUCCAAGAGCGACAAGAAAGGCAAGAAGAAGAGGAGGAAGGAGAGCUACGCCAUCUACAUCUACAAGGUCUUGAAGCAGGUUCACCCAGACACCGGAGUAUCCUCCAAGGCCAUGAGCAUCAUGAACAGCUUUGUCAACGACAUCUUCGAGCGCAUCGCCGCCGAAGCCUCCCGUCUGGCUCACUACAACAAGAGGUCGACCAUCACCUCCCGGGAGAUCCAAACCGCUGUCAGGCUCCUCUUGCCCGGUGAGCUGGCCAAGCACGCUGUCUCUGAAGGUACCAAGGCUGUGACCAAGUACACCAGCUCGAAGUAAAUUGCCUUGCCUUUUUGAAACCACCUCUUCGCAAAAACAAUCGGCCUUUUUCAAG